UCGGUCUUGCGUUUCCUCAGUCGGUCACUUUGUUAGUGCUUCUUCACACCUGUUGAAUAUCUUUUUCACGAUACCACGGACGAAUUGAAAAUAGAAACGAAGCGUCACGCAAUUAAAAGCCAUACCAUUUUCAACGACUUACAUUUUAUUUCGAUGAUUUGCGAUGGCACUUUUGCUGGAUCAGCCGUUUGCGCCGAUGCCUGACAACAACGAGAUCACGACGAAAACAUUUCUGGAGUCAGUUUCUCAUCUGCCACCUUUUUUCGAUUGCCUUGGUUCCAAGGUUUUUGCACCGAUUAAGGCUGACAUAAAUGGAAACAUCACAAAAAUUAAAGCUGUCUAUGACUCGGAUCCAGUGAAGUAUGAGACUCUUCAGCAGAUUCUGCUAAUUGAGAAAAGCAUCUAUGGCUCCGAGUGGCCUAAAGUCGGAGCCACACUGGCGCUUAUGUGGUUAAAGAGAGGCCUGCGGUUCAUUCAGAUUUUACUGCAAAGUAUAGCGGAUGGGGAAAGAGAUGAGGACAAUCCCAAUCUUAUUCGCAUCAAUAUCACUAAAGCCUAUGACCAAGCCCUCAAGAGGUACCACGGCUGGAUAGUCCAGAAGGUUUUCAAGGCUGCGUUAUUUGCUGCACCAUGCCGGUCAGAUUUUCUUAAAGCUUUAACCAAGGAUCAAGAAGUUGCAGAGGAGGAUUGCUUAGCAAAAAUUCAUCAGUUCUUAAUAAACUUCACUGCAACUGUAGAUGCCAUUUAUGAAAUGUAUUCCAUAAUGAAUGCUGAACUGGACUACUUAGUUUGAAACAUACAAAAGGUCAGUUUCUAAAGCAAUCUUUAAUGCUGCACAGUUCAUACACAGUAUGACACACUUGAGAGGGCCUUAAAACUGUGAGGUCACAGACUCGAUGACUGUCUAAGAGCUUUUGUCCUUGUUGCUGUAUGACAGUAGUUGUUUAUGCUUGUAUGAAUGCAGCAUUAAUUUUUGAUUGUUUGGUGUGGGUG